UCCGAUCCGCGGAUCGUCUGUUCGAGUCAGAGUGCAAAAUGCUGCUGUUGGUGCUGGUCCUACUGCUGGUGGCCGUUGGCUGGCUCGUCCAUCGCGGCCAGGCGGAGCGUCGCCGGGCCGUGUCCAAUCUGCCGGGACCCAUGUGCCCCCCAUUGCUGGGAGCCCUGCACAUCAUGUCCAGCAUGAACCCAAAGACCUUCAUCAAAGUAAGCGGUGAGAAUAUGCGCAAAUAUGGACCGCUGCAGCGGGUGUGGAUUCUGAAUCGCCUGCUGAUAAUGAGCGCCGACUCCGAGAUCAACGAGCAGCUGCUAAGCAGCCAGGAGCAUCUGGUGAAGCAUCCCGUGUACCGGGUCCUGGGAAAGUGGCUGGGCAAUGGGCUGCUCCUGAGCGACGGCAAGGUGUGGCAUCAGCGCCGCAAGAUCAUCACACCCACCUUCCACUUCUCGAUCCUGGAACAGUUCGUGGAGGUCUUUGACCAGCAGUCCAACGUCUGUGUGGAGCGCCUGGCCCCUCGGGCCAAUGGCCAGACCUUCGACGUCUACCGGCCCGUCUGCAUGGCAGCCCUGGACAUCAUUGCGGAGACUGCCAUGGGCACUAAAAUCCACGCCCAGGCUGCGGACAGCACUCCCUACGCGGAGGCAGUCAACGAGUGCACUGCUCUGCUGAGCUGGCGCUUCAUAUCCAUCUACCUGCAGGUGGAGCUGCUCUUCACGCUGACCCACCCGUACAUGAAGUGGCGUCAGACGCAGCUCAUCCGCACCAUGCACGACUUUACCACCAAGGUGAUAGAGGAGCGCCGGCGGACACUCGAGGAGCAGCAGGGGUCCAAGUUGAGCCCGUCUCCCGACGACGAUGUGGGCAGAAAGCGACGGAUGGCCCUGCUCGAUGUACUGCUGCUGGCCACUGUCGAUGGGCGGCCGCUGACCAAUGACGAGAUCCGCGAGGAGGUGGACACCUUCAUGUUCGAGGGUCACGACACCACCUCCAGCGCCCUGUCCUUCUGCCUGCACGUGCUGGCGCGUCAUCCGCAGGUUCAAGAGAAGAUGCUGGAGGAGAUAUUCCGGGUCAUAGGCACCGAUCGCAAGCGGCCCGUCACCAUCCGCGAUCUUAACGAGAUGAAGUACCUGGAGUGUGUUAUUAAGGAGUCGCUGAGGUUGUAUCCGCCCGUGCCCCUGGUGGGACGAAAGCUGCAAACGGACUUCAAGUACAGCCACUCCAAGUACGGCGAUGGCGUUAUUCCGGCCGGAUCUGAGUUUCUCAUCGGAAUCUAUGGCAUGCAGCGGAACAAAAACGAGUUCCCCCAGUCCGAAGAGUUCAUCCCCGAACGACACGAGAACGGGGAGCGCUUUUCGCCCUUCACCUUUAUCCCCUUCAGCGCCGGGCCACGGAACUGCAUCGGCCAGAAGUUUGCACAGCUGGAGAUGAAGAUGAUGCUGGCCAAGAUCGUGCGCGAGUACGAGCUGCUGCCGCUGGGCGAGCCCGUCGAGUGCGUCAUCAACAUUGUCUUGCGCUCGGACACGGGCUUCCAGUUGGGAAUGCGCAGGCGCAACGAUACACAAUGAAAAGGUAUAACAGAUGUUGAUCUGAUGCAUUCGUGCAUUAAGACAUUACAUUAUUACAUUCCAAAUUAUAUUCAUAAAUAUUAAACAGUA